AUGCGCGCUCCGCCGGACGCCCCGGCGGCGCCGGACGAGGACGCCGUCGUCGCCGCCGCCCUGCGGUACGCCGGCAAGGCGCCCGCGCGGGAUGCGCAACCGACCAAGCGCGAGCGGCAGGUCGCCGGCGAGGCGCGGGCGCUGCUGCGGGCGUUCCGCGCGAACAACUUCGCCGUCCAGGACGACCUCCUGGGGCAGGUGGCGAGCGGCGUCUUCCCCGCCGGCGCCAUCCUCAACCACGCGUGCCUGCCCAACGCCGUGGUGACGUACCGCGUGGCCCGGCAGGACGGCGGCCGGGCGCCGGGGGCGGCGGCGCGCGUGGUGCAGGAGUUCCGCGCCGUGCGGCGGAUCGCGCCGGGCGAGGAGAUAUGUCAUUCGUACGUUGAUUUGGCGGGGUUUGCCACGGCGGGGGAGCGGCGCGACGUGCUGCGGGAGCGGUACGGGUUCGCGUGCGACUGCGCGGCGUGCGAGAGCGGGUUCCCCGCGCGCGAGGGGCACCUGGAAGCGGGCGACGCGCGGAAGGUCGGCAUCGCGGACCAGCUGAUGGCCCGCGCGGCGGCGGAGGAGGGACUCGAGGCGGAGGUGCGUCUGACCGAGGCGGCGCUCAGGGCGUACAGGGCGGCGCUGGGGCCGCGGCACGCGAAGACGGUGACGGCCCUGGACGCGCGGCUGUCGCUCGCGCUGAUCGCGGGGGACUUUGGCGGCGCGGCGGCGCUGUCGCGCGAGCUCGCGGGCGUGCGGCAGGAGCUGUACGGCGGCCAGCCGCACCCGCGCGCGGCGCUGGAUCUCCUGACGCUGGGCGAGAUCCUGCGCCACGUGGGCGAGCGCGACGAGGCGCGGGAGGUGCUGGCGCGCGCGGCGGACAUGCUGGCCGUGACGAACGGGGCCGAGCACCACCUCACGGCCGGGGCGCGCGCCAUGCUCGCCUCGUAG